AUGCUCACCUCUGGCAACUACAAGAAACACUUCAACGUGCUGGUGAGCACCGUUGAGUAUAACUCGUUUUUUCUGCAGUCAAGCAAGCAGUACGCCGCUUUCCUGCAGAAUAAUUCUAAACCACUGACACUGGAAAGGGCAAAGGCACACCUGUUGAACAUUCUGCAAAAACAGGCGCAGCCAUUAGAGAAAAGCGAUGAAACUAAACAGUUGCCCACUGACACCGCCACUCGACUGUACUUCAACGGCAUCAACGGUCAUUUUGACAAUUCGGACCUUUAUCAAAAGCAGUUAGGCAUUGCUUAUGGCGAUGCAUAUUUAAGUUGCCCAACUUUGGAGUUUGCCAAAACCCUCUUCCGCUCCAGUCCUGACACCAUCAAGGUCUAUCAGUGGUUCUACACGGCCAAACUGGGCAAUGACAAGCAGUUGUGCGGACGGUGGCAGGGCACCUGUCACGUUGAUGACGUGUACCCGGUUUUUGGAGUGCCAUUUCGACACCGAAAGAUGCACCACAAUCGGGAACGAGAGAUUAGCAGUGAGGUGAUCAGGUUCAUUAGGGCAUUUGUAUUGACAGGCAAUCCUGGGGAGGAUCAGUCAGAGUGGCAGAGCUAUUUUAUGGCUGAUUAUGGUCGACAGUUGGUUGCGCCCUACUACGAGAUCGGAAAUGAUCAUAAGCGACACACAAGUUUUAAGUUUAACCUUAAGCAGCUCGAGUGUGGUCUCAUUUGGAAUAAGUUUGUUUAUCCCUCUUUUUUGCCUGUUGUAAAUCAAACUGACUGA